UAUUUUUCUCAGUUCGCCAGCGUUCACGGUUGCGGUAGCGUCGCGUCCGUUUCGAAUUUCGCGCCAACUAUUGUUUGACAAGUCGGCUCGACACGGUCACUAGGUCUCGUUAAAUAGACGAGCGUGCGAUCGGGGUUCGUCCACGGCGUCGUCUGUGUCGUAGGGUUUCGGCGUGGUGGCUAUUCGUGUGAUGAGUGAGAAAGAUAAACAGAGCCGGGAAAACAAAGCAGAGGAAGAUAUGGACACGUGUUUUUCGUCGUUUUAAGACCGUGGUGAGUCCGUGAGGAAGAUGGAUUUCGGGGCUCUCACCAGACACGACAGGAACAACCAUUGGUGCCGGUUUCCGAGAAUGAAGUGCGUGUGUGCCGAAACGUCGGGCUACGAACGCCUCAACGAGAACUUCCUCGAUUACCAGAUCGUAUCCGAGGAUAAGGACAAUGCGACGAACGAGAAGGAGGAAGAAAUUGUCUUCUAUAAUGACGACGGCAGCUUCCAGACGGUUAUAGUGGAAAGGAAUUUGUGCGUCAGCGACUUGUGUCAGCUUCUUGCUCUCAAGAAUCGGGUGUCGAAGAGCGUGAAUUGGAGUAUAGUCGAACACUGGAAGGAGUACGGCUUGGAGCGCUUUCUCGAGGACCACGAAUACGUCCUAUCGGCAUGCAGGGACAUGAGGGGCUAUUCCAGACACGCCCAAUUUCGAUACGUAUUCAGAAAAGACUACAGGAAAUACGAGUUCUUCCACAAUCCACAACAGUUCUUCCCCUCCGACAUGCUAAACAUCACCAAGGAGGACUUGCCGCAUCUCACGAGCCUCAACGAAACAUACCUCCAGAAUCUCGUGUUACAAGAAGGAAAAUCUCCCGUCGUUUUUUCGCAAGUGUGGAUAAAAGACCAGCAGAAGCAGGCCUGGGGUAAGGCCUUCUUAUUACUCAGAGAGAAGAAACUUUAUCUGUCUUACAAGAUCCAAGUUCUGGCCAAGUUUCUGCGAGCCGCCAAAAUCAGGGAAGCUUCGAUCUCAGAGUCGGACAUCAACGGUCUGAAUUUCUUCGCCGAACUGUCCAGCUACCACGUUUACACGACGCUCAACGCAAAGAACCAGUUCCGUGCCCCCACCGAGUGGGGCAUCUGCCUGAGGCCUUCAGGAGUGGACACCGAAGACGAAACUCCAGAACUGAAGUGUAUAUCUUGUGAUUCGGAGCGAGUCCGGUCCUGUUGGCUGACCGCCAUGAGGCUUGCCAAGUAUGGAAAGCAGCUACGUGAAAACUACCGGGCUUUCAAAAACAAGCAAACCGAGUCCAUCAAUCCGAAGGACUACAACAGCUACACGGUACCUAAUGAAUCUGUCAGAUCGAGGGUUGCGAUGGACUUCACCGGAUCCGUUGGCCGCAUAGUUGAGGAUCCGAAGGAGGCGAAGGCAAUUGCCGUAGCGGAAGGCUAUUCGUGGAAAAGGAGGUGGCGACCCCCGUGCAGGCCACCCCCGACCAGCCUUUAUCCACAAGGUAUUGAAUCGGGGGUGCACAUUACGCAGCCUUGGUUUCACAGCGGCAUGAGCAGGGACCAAGCGACGGCACUAGUCACUAAACACGGAACUGUGGACGGGGUGUUCCUGGUGAGGGAGAGCCGGUCGAACCCGGGGGCGUUCGUCUUGACGUACAAAUGCGGGGGCAAGGUGCUGCACGCCCAGAUCACCCCGAUCCUGGACCCCGUGCGGGAAUCGCACGUUUUCUCUCUGGACAGCGGCGUGACGAAGUUCUACGACCUGCUGCAGCUCGUCGAAUUCUAUCAGUUGAACGCUGGAUGUUUACCUACGAGACUUACGCACUACGUCGUGCAGAAUUGUUCGCCUGUGAACUCGUCCACUUGCGGCCAGACGUCGCCGGUCACCGGGAGCAUUUAGUCUAGUGCAUUUCAUGACUUUUACGAAAUGACUUAAUUUAUUAAUUCGCGAGUGCAGAGGCGUCCGAGUGAGGAACGAUCUGUUUGUCCACGUCGGGGGCCGUCGCACGUUUCUCCAUUUAUACAGUAGAUGACCGUUGUUUCCUGUACUAUGUCGGCACGGGAGAAGUUUAUACUUGGUACGACUGCGAAUUUUACAGGGAUGAUAUUUAUUUUUCUUUUGUAUUUUACAGUUAAUAUGAUUCAGUAUUAAAUCUCAUUGAUAACAGGGUGAAAAAAACUAGUUUAUAAUCUCUUUUUCGAAAUAAAUUCUGAGAAAGGCUGUGGUUGUUUUGGUGUGGAUUAAAAAUAUAUUUGAUAUUCUUAAAAAAAAAAAUGUUUAUACGAAAAAAUUCACACCAUUUGUGUAGUUUGUAGUUUAGGUAAGAUUUCUUCUUUAGUUCUAAGAAAAUUGUAACCCUGAUAUUCGAGUAUUUCGAUAUCUUAGGCAUAAUUAAACCAAAAAUUACAUUAUUUAUAGGAGAGCAAUAUACUAAUAGAUUUAAUUUGUGUAGAUGUGAUAUUUAGUUAAGUAUUCAGUUAAACAUUAAUCGUUAUUUAAACACAGUAUUUUUUGUAAAACUUGCUUCUACAUCUACAUCAUUAACUUUAUUUAUGUAAUGUUUCGCACACGUUUUCGUUUUCAUUUCAAUCAUCCUUGUGGAAAUCACAUCAUAGCAAAGCAAAUAGUAAUAGUACUUACACACACUGACAGGUUCAGCUGCAUUCACCAUUGACUGAGCUGAUUAUUUGUAUGUUUUCGUUCUAUUACACUAGUACAUCCCAUUAUUUUGUACUCUUGUAGAUGACAACUUGAAGUAAAUUUAACAUUUGAA